AUGCUCGACCGCGUCCUCCUCCCUCUGGGCAUCUUAGCCUCCCUCGCCACCGCUCGCAUCUUUGACAGUCUACCUAGUCCCCCCAAAGGCUGGUCAUACUCACACGCGGCAGAAUCGACAGAGAAGCUAACUCUCCGCAUCGCCCUCCGCCAGCAGAAUGCCGCCGCUCUGGAACAAUUGGUGCUGCAGGUCUCAGACCCCCGGCACGUCAAGUACGGGCAGCAUCUGACACGCGACGACCUGCGCACCUAUACUGCCCCCAACCCGCGAGGCGUCCGCAGCGUGGCCUCAUGGCUAGCCGACAACGGCGUCGACAACUACAGCGUCGAUCACGACUGGGUGACGCUGCACACGACGGUCGGGACCGCGGAUAGGCUCCUCGGUGCAGACUUUGCCUGGUACGCUGGACCCGGCGAGACACUGCAGCUCCGGACCCUAUCGUACGGUGUCGACGACGCCGUGGCGCCGCACAUUGACCUUGUGCAGCCCACGACGCGGUUCGGCGGACCGGUCGGGCAGGCGUCGCACAUCUUCAAGCAGGACCACUUUGACGAGGAGCAGCUGAAGGCACUGACGGUCGGCUUUCAGGUUGCCGCUGAUCCUCCACCAACGGGGCCCGGGUCUGUCAAGGCGGCAUGUAACGAGUCCGGUGUGACGCCCCAGUGCCUACGAACACUGUAUAAGAUCAACUACAAGCCUAAAAACACCGCAAACCUCGUCGGCUUCGCGUCGUUCCUGGAACAGUACGCUAGAAACAAUGAUCAGCAGACAUUUUCACAGCGGGUUCUUGGCCCCGGCGUUCCGUUGCAGAACUUUUCGGUCCAACUGGUCAACGGGGGAGUCAACGACCAGCAGAGUAAUCUCGACAGCACUGAGGCAAACCUGGAUCUGCAGUACAUAAUGGCGAUGAGCCACCCUAUUCCCAUCGUGGAGUACAGCACUGGAGGGAGAGGGCCGCUAAUCCCAACUGGGGACCAGCCCGACAUCAACAACAACAGCAACGAGCCUUACAUAGAGUUCCUGACCUACAUCCUGGCCCAACCUGACUCAGCCAUCCCCCAGACCAUUUCGAUCUCGUAUGGUGAGGAGGAGCAAUCAGUCCCGCGCGACUAUGCCAUCAAGGUUUGCAACAUGUUUAUGCAGCUCGGCGCCCGUGGAGUCUCGGUCAUGUUUUCAUCGGGCGACUCCGGGCCGGGCAGUGACUGCGUCCGGACCUCGGAUAACACCACCUUCUUUGGCUCAACCUUCCCAGCAGGUUGCCCUUACGUCACGUCGGUCGGCGCCACGGUCGGUUUCGAGCCCGAGCGUGCCGUCUCCUUUUCUUCAGGCGGCUUCAGCAUUUACCACGCUCGACCCGAUUACCAGAACGAAGUGGUCCCAAAGUACCUUGAGUCGGUCAAGGCUUCAGGCUAUGAAAAGUUCUUUGAUGCUAACGGCCGUGGCAUUCCGGAUGUUUCUGCCCAGGGCACCCGCUUCGUUGUCAUCGACAAGGGUCAAGUUUCUCUCGUGUCUGGCACCAGCGCUAGCUCACCCGUGUUUGCUGGGAUGGUGGCCCUCGUCAACGCGGCCCGCAAGACGAAGGACAUGCCGGCCUUGGGCUUUUUGAACCCUAUGCUGUACCAGAACGCCGCGGCCAUGACGGACAUUGUCAACGGCGCUGGAAUCGGCUGCCGGAAGCAGCGUAAAGACUUCCCCCAGGGUGCAAAGUUCAACGCUACGGCCGGCUGGGACCCCGUCACCGGGCUUGGAACCCCUCUGUUUGACAAGCUGCUGGCUGUUGGUGCACCUGGAGUUCCCAACGCGUGA